CUUUCGACACCACCCUUUUCGACAACCUCACCGUUCGCAGGAAGUGCAGCAAGGUCACCUCCAACUCUCAAAAUGGCCCGCCGUCCCGCUCGUUGCUACCGCUACUGCAAGAACAAGCCCUACCCCAAGUCCCGGUUCAACCGUGGUGUUCCCGACCCCAAGAUCCGUAUCUUCGAUCUGGGACGUAAGAAGGCCAACGUCGAUGACUUCCCUCUCUGUGUGCACAUGGUCUCCAACGAAUAUGAGCAGCUUUCCUCUGAGGCUCUCGAAGCCGCCCGUAUCUGUGCCAACAAGUACCUCGUGAAGAUCACCGGUAAGGAAGGUUUCCACAUGCGUAUCCGUGUGCACCCCUUCCACGUCAUCCGUAUCAACAAGAUGUUGUCGUGCGCUGGUGCCGAUCGUCUUCAGACCGGUAUGCGUGGUGCCUUCGGUAAGCCCCAGGGUACCGUUGCCCGUGUGAACAUCGGCCAGAUCAUCCUGUCCGUCCGCACCCGUGACUCCAACCGUGCCGCCGCUAUCGAGGCUCUCCGCCGUUCCAUGUACAAGUUCCCUGGUCGCCAAAAGAUCGUCGUCUCCAAGAACUGGGGUUUCACCCCCGUCCGUCGUGAGGAGUACGUCCAGCUCCGCCAGGAGGGCAAGCUCAAGCAGGACGGUGCCUACGUUCAGUUCCUCCGUGGCCACGGUCUCGUUGAGAACAACAUGAAGCGCUUCCCUGACGCCUACGAGUCCCAGGCUUAAAUGGAAUGAGCUUUAGCGUUAGGACCCAUAAAAAGACAUGAAUUUUUAUUAUAUUCCUCCGGUUACCAAUACAUGUUCUGUUAUUUUGUGAUGUCAUUUUAGUGUCCUCACGCACGGCGGAGUUGAUUUUAAUCAUGGAUUCCUCGGGCUUAUUCCUUUUGCGUACUCUCAGCUGUUACCGUAGACUCUGCAUCUAGUCACAACUCUUGGCUAGCGAUCGUAGUGUAUGUACAUCUCUCGCGUUGGCUAUAAUACCCAUAAGUCGACC